CUCCCAAGCAACACUGACAACAUCUCCAUGGGGAUUUUACAUGGAUAACAACAUUAUAUUUAAGUCUUGACGAACUGUCGACAUGAACACGGAGUAGUUUCAUGCUGUGGGUGAUACAUUUACGACACAUUUUUGAUUUUUUGUGAAUUGCUUCAGUGGACUAUGACUUCCAGAAGGCCAAUCACUCGCUCUUCCUCUGGCAAUGGGAGGACAAGCAGCUUCAAUGAAGAGGAGGGCAGCUCUUCCAACGGCCGCACAGAAAGCCGCAAUCCUUACCUCUCCAAUGUUAGGCCAGAAAACAGCUAUUCAAGGUAUUCUCACUACAGGCCAACGAGGAGCACAUUGUGCAGCGUCAUGGCUCAGCUGACUGAGGACAUACAACCUUCCUUUGAAACCACCUUGAAAUCAAAGGCAGUGUCAGAGAAGUGUAACGUGAAGCUCACCUGUGUGGUAUCAGGUUACCCAGCUCCAGAACUGAAAUGGUAUAAAGAUGAUAUGGAACUUGAUCGCUAUUGUGGACUCCCAAAAUAUGAAAUUCAUCGUAAUGGAAAAAACCAAACCCUUCACAUUUAUAACUGCACAUUGGACGAUGCAGCCAUCUAUCAGGUUUCAGCAAGCAAUAGUAAAGGUAUUGUCUCCUGCUCUGGAGUUCUGGAGGUCGGCACCAUGAACGAGUUUCAGAUCCACCAGAGAUUCUUCGCCAAGUUGAAGCAAAAAGCAGACAAUAAAAAGAGAGAUCUGGAGGAGCACACCAAGAAGAGGGAUAAAGAAAACACAGAACGUCUUCAAAGGAAGCGGCACGUCCCACCACAGGAGCCUGAGGCCGAGGAGCAACUGGGAGCUGCUGCAGAACCUAAUGGUGUCAGCUCUGAAGUCAAGAAAACAGCCUUUGUGACAGCCAAAGACCUGGAGGAGAUAUCUCCAUCUGAGGCCAAAAAGAAAAUAAAGAUCACAAAUGGAAUAGAUGCUGGGCUUGACAACAGCAGCAGUCACAGCAACACAAGUAAUAUGAUGGGGAAUGGAGGUGAAAACUGUUACGAUGGAGGGAUGGGUUUGGCACAAUUUAUGGCAGAGACUCUUCAGUCCCAGGCAGCUGACGAGAAGCAGAGCCCAUCUAGAGGGGAGAACACUGAAGAGAUGGAUAUGCCUUUUGUAAGUGUCAGUAAAGAGAAAGAGAGAGAGCAGGAGAGGAUGCAAAAAGUGAGAGAAGAACAAGAAAAAGCUUUCGGAGAAGAGCAUGAGAGAAAGAAAAGGAGAGAAGAACAAGAAAAAGCUUUAGAAGAAGAGUAUGAGAGAAAUAAAAGGAGAGAAGAACAAGAAAAAGCUUUAAGAGAAGAGAGUGAGAGAAAUAAAAGGAAAGAAGAACAGGAAAAAGCUUUAAGAGAAGAGUAUGAGAAGAAGAAAAGGAGAGAAGAACAAGAAAAAGCUUUAGGGGAAGAGCGUGAGAGAAAGAAAAGGAGAGAAGAACAAGAAAAAGCUUUAAGAGAAGAGUAUGAGAAGAAGAAAAGGAGAGAAGAAAAAGAAAAAGCUUUAAGGGAAGAGCGUGAGAGAAAGAAAAGGAGAGAAGAAGAAGAGAAAGCUUUAAGGGAAAAGCGUGAGAAAAAGAAAAGGAUAGAAGAAGAAGAAAAGGCCUUACGGGAAGAGCGUGAGAGAAAGAAAAGGAGAGAAGAAGAAGAAAAAGCUUUAGGAGAAGAGCGCGAGAGAAAGAAAAGGAGAGAAGAAGAAUUGGCCGACGAGAGGGAAAGGACAAGUCUGUUGAAGACGUCGCAUAGACUACCAAACACAAGACAGAGUUCAGAGGUCAAACAUCACAGCAAGGCUCAGAAAGAUCACGACCACCAACAGGUGCAGGCUUCCAUCUCCACGGUGCUACACACAGUCAAAGACUUCUUCUUUGGUAAGAGCAAGAAGGACUCUCAUGAUCACAUGGAGAACACGGAGAGAGAGUUCGACCACUCGCGUGCCUCAACGCCACCGCCGUCUCGGCUGCAACCAGAGCAAAAUCAAGUGGGGAAGCCUCUCACAGAAGACAUCGUGGCUAUGGAAAUAGAUAAACCAAAAGAGCCUUCAGAGACUGCGGUUCCAGAACAACGGUACCCGAAGGCACGUAAACAUAAGAAUGAAAACAGUGUUCGACACACGGAUCAGCAACCAACUCAUAAAUUGCCAGCUGAGAGCGUAGAGGAGUCCACCGGGCAGAGUGUCAACGCGCCUGGUGCUGCUGUGGAGGCCAUGGAGGUGUCUGUGGGUCAAGAGAGUAGCAGUCCAGGUGAAGAGGUUCUCACUGAGGCUGAAGAGAAAGAUCCUCAGAAAGUAUCAGUUUUCAAAGAGGUUCCUGUACACCAGCAAGAGCCAGAUUGCUUGCUAGCUUCACCACAGCCGAAUCACCAGGCUGCAAGAGAGAAGUCUUCACCCAGGGAAGAAAUAUCUGUUCUGCCAUUGACCCAAGACUCCCAGAAAGAGGAACGUUCCUCCACAUCCACCCUCACUAGUUUGAAAGAAAGCUGGACUUCCCCUCACAAUCUUAUCUCGGCUUCAAAGAGCUGCAGCCUUGGAGACACACCCGAUGGAACGUCACCAGAAAAAGAAAUGAGUGUUGACAACAUGGGCAAAGGAGGUAAACCUGACACAGAGGAGGGCAGCUCCUCCACUAAGCUAUGUGAGGAAGAGAAAGCUGAAGUGAAUUCAUGCAGACAGCUGUGCUCAGGAAUAAAGAGAUCUGAGAUUACUGAAUUAAGAACACGUUUACUGGAAAAGAGAAUAGAGCCACAUGAGUCUAAAACAUCAGAUGAUGUUCUUUCGUCAUUGCCUGCAGUGGCAGCGUACGAUGUAGAGAGAAGUGAUGUGAAAGAACAGGCUGAAUCUACUUCACUGAUUCAGGAAACGAAUGUAGGAUUUCCGCCCACUGCAGCCCGAGAGAGUUUAGAAAAGGGUGACCUAAAAAUAAUGCAAGAAUGCACUUCUUCUAUAAGAGAGGGAAGCACUGCAGUCCACAAUGUCAAUGUAAUACAGAGUUCAAACACAAGUUUUAGAAGCAGUGAAGAGGGAAGCAAAUUGAAAGAGGUAAUGAUUUCUGCUUUAGGUGCAGAGGUAAACUCUAGUGACAAUCUUAAAACCCAAGAGCAAAUCAUUUUAGAAGGUGCGAGUGCUGAAGCAAAAAAUGAGAGUUUACAGCGUGAAGUGGAGACAGAAAAGAUAAAUCCAGUGAAAGAAGAGGAGUUGGAUGAAUCAAAGAGCCUCUCCAUAAACAAAACAAGACGGGUAAUGUUUAUGCUUUGGAGGAACACAUUAAUGUUGCACAUCAAGAGAGCAGUGAGACACCACAGCGUCAGCCUAGCGAAUAUCCCACGGAUCCAAAUAUCUACUAUUGAUGAUACCCCAGAUAUUAAACCAACUGUGGCAGGUGUUAAACCAAAAGAGCAUUUUAUAAUCCCAACAAUUGAAAUAAUGGAGCCAGAGCUCAAAGAGUGCACUCUGCCACUAACUAUUUUGGGACUAAAUAAGCGAGAAUCACAGCCUGCUACUUUGCAAAAACAUGAUACAACUAGUGUGUCUCAGGUAAUAAUCCAAGGCCAUAGCGUGACUGAUUCUUCAAGCGUGUUGCCCACGCAGAAAAGUGUGCAGAAUGAUAACAACCACUCACUCACAGAGAAUGGAAAGGAAGUUCUGGAAUUAGAUGACAAGACAAAAAUGUUCGAGCGAGACCAGCCACGCGUGAGGAGUAGUGAACAGCUCCCUCAGAUGGACUAUGCAUCCAUUCCUGUUAUAAAUGUUUUGUUCACUGAUGACAAGGAAGAGGAUGUAUAUGUAAACAAAAAUCAGCCUUUAGAAACUCCACCAGCGCCUUUGUUUGUGGUGCCACCGAUUUCUGUCACUUGUCAUGAAAGUGAUUCUGGACUGCCCACACAAAGUGAGUGGACAGAAACAGAAACUUCAGCUGCCAUGCAAAAAGGAACAAUCCAUGAUGUUGACAAGAAUAAUACCACUGAAAAAACUCAAAGGAGAAAACAGAACCUAGAAGAAACAGCAGAAAAGAGUAAACAAGAAAACACUCCCUCUUUGCUACAUGAAGCUCUAAUACCAAAGGUUGGUGAGAAUGUGAAAUCAUUCAGUAAAUCAAUAGAAGAUAACAUUGAUCCUGAAGUCUUGAAGACAAAACCCCUUAAAGAGGCCAAAAUAGAGACUUUUGUGUCUAUUGAGGACCUUCAAAGAAACAGAUCAUCUGUUGAGAGACUCUGCUCUAAACCUCCGGCACAUCCAUCAUUGAGUCCAGCCAGUCUCCGUAAGUUCAUGUCGAAAGCGGCUCCAGACUCUGAAGUAAUCACCGUGGGUGACCGCCAGAUCGACAAAGCAGACGAAGAUCUAAGUGGAGGCUCAACACCAACAUCGUCCCUCUCCUGUGAGAACAGUCCCCGUCUGAAGCGCAGAGACAGCCUGUCCCUCAUACGCUCUGCCACGCCUGAAGAGUUGGCCUCCGGAGCUCGUCGCAAAAUCUUCAUGCACAAAACUAAAGAGGAUGGAGAGGGAGCAAUAAUUGGUGCGCUGGAAGCUCAAGGCAAGAAGGAGACCCCCUACAUGUCACCCAGCCAGGCUCGCAGAGCAGCAUUACUGCAAGCUCCCACAGGACAGAAUACCCCACCGAUGGAGAGGCGCUCGCCGCUGCUGAGCCGCAGAAAGGCCACCUUGGAGGUACCAAAAGCCGUGGAAGAGACUCCCACAGAAGAGCCUGUCGGCACCAAACAAGAUGAGAAACCAGCUGAGAAGAAGCUGAACCCUUUAAAAGCUCCACAGGUCAUCCGUAAGAUAAGGGGAGAGCCCUUCCCGGAUGCCUCUGGACACCUGAAGCUGUGGUGCCAGUUCUUCAACGUGCUCAGUGACUCCACCAUAAAGUGGUACCGAGAUGAGGAGGAAAUACUAGAGGUGAAGAGAAGUGGAGGAGACGAAAGCCAAGUCGCACUGGCUGUUGUUCUGGCAUCCAUCCACGAUUGUGGAGUAUAUGGCUGUUCAAUCAUUAAUGAAUAUGGAUCUGACACCACUGACUUUCUGCUUAGCGUAGACAUUCUGUCUGAGAUACUACUAAAAGAGGAUUUGGAAGUUGGAGAAGAGAUUGAGAUGACCCCGCUGUUGUUCAACAGAGGCCUGGCGGACUGUGGCAGCUGGGCUGAAAAGUACUUUGGCCGCAUCAUGACAGAGACGGUGCGCAUCGGGAAGGGCUGCAAUCACAAAGCCAGCAGAGUGAAGGUCAUCUACGGCCUGGAUCCCAUUUUUGAGUCUGGAAGCGCAUGCAUCAUCAAAGUUCAAAGCCCCAUUGCCUACGGGAUCACACAGGAGAACAAACUCAUAGACAGAAAUCUACAGUUAACUAAGCAAGAAUGCAAAGUCCAAAACAUGAUACGUGAAUAUUGUAAAAUCUUCGCGGCUGAAGCAAGAGUUAUUGAGAACUUCGGCUUUUCACUAGAAGUAAUUUCUCAGUAUCUAAUGUACCGGCCUGCGAACUCGGUGCCAUAUGCUACGGUGGAGGCUUACUUCGAGGGUGACUUCCUCAGCUACUGUAUGAUGGAUGCUAAAGGGAAGCUGAUGACACAAACCGUUUCUGAGGUGGAGCAAAAAUGUAACACCUUCCAGCACUGGAUCUAUCAGUGGACGCAUGGCAAUUUGCUGGUCACUCGACUGGAGGGAGUUGAAACGAAGAUAACAAAUGUCAGAGUUGUGACCAAGUCAAAAGGAUACCAAGGACUAACAGAGCACGGCUCUCCUGAAGUCUUCGAACAGUUCUCGACCCACCACCAAUGCAACUACUACUGUGGACUUCUUGGCCUGUGCUCACUUAAAACUAUGGAUAGUCUGCAGCAACCCACGAAGACGAAGGGCUCCAGAAGCCCCCUUCUCAACCGCAAACUGGGCUCCAACAGCCCCAAGUUGCAGCGAAAAGGACAAAGUCCUCAGAUGUCUAGAAAGGCUAAUUCUAGCCCAAAGGUGACUAGAAAAAAUGCAGAGACAGAGGACAAUAAAACAGGCACCAAUCCCAAGCCUGCAGAAACUGUUGAUGUCCUUGAAAUGAGGUAGGAAGAAGCACCUCUUCAGUGUUAACCAGGAUGCUACUGCCUGUAAUGGUCUAGUUUUACCUGUUUCUUUCCAGUUACCAAAACCAGCAAGGACUUGAAGAGUUAGAUGAAAAGAAAAGGAAACGUUUGUUGACCUGGCUUUUCAAAAAUAAUUACUGUGAAUUUCUCAGUCACCAUUACAAUUACAGUGAGAAUAUAUCUGGCAGAAGCAGUGUUUUUAACUUUACUCAGAAUCAUAUCAGCUCUAUGAGUGGACAAACAACUCUCCAAGAAAUAUCUAUAAAUGCUACUUCUUUUGAUGAAGAGUUGAACAUUUUCAUCAUCUGAUAUGAAUAGUUAUGGAGAAUAAAAGCACAGCCACAGAGAGAGUUGGAUAUUAAACGCUACAUGUUCAUCUGUGAUGUACAGCAUGUGAGUAAGACAUAAAGUUAAUAUAUAGAGACAGUAUGGCUUGCUUUAGAAAUGCUUAAUCAGCAUUUCUUUACGCAGCAAAGUUGAGCUCAUGCUGUAGAAUUAGAGCACCAUUGUUAAGUCAAAGAUGUUUGUGUGCACUUUGUGUUUGGCAUUACUCUUUUGUAGUUUAUAAGUACGUUGUACCUGUUGUGUCUGUUUGCAUUGGUCCUCUCAUAGUAAUUCCGAAUAUUUGCGGGCAAAUUCAAAGCAAUGUGCAGUAGCUGCUUACCAAUAAACUCUUCAACAAUG